AUGAUCAUCACUGGCUCUGAUUAUAGUACUAUUGAGGAGGUUAAGCAUCAGUUGUUUCAGGAGUUCGAGAUGAAGGAUUUAGGAUCUUUUCGAUAUUUUCUUGGCAUUAAGGUUGCUACUUCUCUUACUGGGUAUCUUCUCUCUCAGACUAAGUAUGCCCAUGAUAUUCUUUCUCGUGCCAAUCUCACUGAUGACAAAAUUGUCGACACUCCUCUUGAGUUGCAUGCUAAGUUUUCUGCUUCUGAUGGUGUUCCUCUUGAGGAUCUCACUUUGUACCGCGAGUUGGUUGGGUGCCUUGUUUAUCUCACUGUUACUCAUCUGGAUAUCUCCUAUGCUGUGCACAUUCUCAGUCAGUUUGUUUCUGCUCCUCGUUCCACACACUGGGUUGCCUUACUCCGUACUCUGCGCUACCUUCGUGGCACUUUGCUACAAUGUUUGCUUUUAUUUGCCUCUUCGGACUUGACUUUUCAUGCCUAUGCUGACGCUGAUUGGGCAGGUGACAUCUCUGAUCGCAAAUCUACUUCUAGUCUUUGUGUUUUCCUCGGCGAUUCUCUCAUAUCUUGGAAGAGUAAGAAACAGUCUGUUGUUGCUCGUUCCACAGCUGAGGCUGAGUAUCAUGCCAUGACUCAUGCUACUUCCAAGAUCGUUUGGCUUCGGUGGCUUCUUUCUGAUAUGGGUGUCUCUCUUUCUGAUCCGACUCUGUUGUAUUGUGAUAAUCAGAGUGCUGUCCAAAUUACCCAUAAUUCAGUCUUCCAUGAGCGAACCAAGCAUGUUGAAAUAGAUUGUCACUCUGUCAGACAGUAUUUUCAAGCUGGCACUAUUACUCUCCCUUUUCUUCCCUCCUCUCUUCAGUUGGCCGAAUUUUUUAUGAAGACUCAUACUGUUGCUCGUUUUCGUUUUCUUCUUGGAAAACUUUCGAUGCUUUCUGCGCUCGCAUCCUCAGUUUGA